UUUUUUUUUAGAGCAGUUGGAACGUUUUCACGUGCUCUCGAUACGUCGUCGUCGAUGAAGUUACCAUCGUUGCAUAUGACAGCUGCUGCAGCGAGUCGUGACGUUACUCUCUUCCACGCAAUGGCUUUGCUUCAUCAAGCCAAUUAUGAUAUUGGACAGGCUGUGAAAUACUUGGUUCCACCACCGAGUAAACAACACUAUCCGUUGGAUGCGGAUAAAACGACAUCGCACAAUACGGUCAGUUUAGGAGGGCCAAUUUUGUGUCGGUGA